UGUCCGGUGGAUGAGCGCGUAAUAUCGAAGCAGUUCAGCUCAUCAAUCAGAUCCCCUGCCAUCGUUAUGUCAUCAGCAUCUUCGGACACCUGAAGGCUGUAAAUGUUGGACAUAUUUCAUGCUCUCUGUAACUUUUAUCCAGCACAGCAACAGUCUUCAAACCAGAGACGAGCCAAAUGAAGCUGACUCAAGCUGGACUUCUCCUCUGGAUGUGUGCAGUGAACAUGGUCCUGGACACAGGAACACUCUCAGACGUGACUGUGUCCACAGCAGCAGCAGCAGCAUUGCUGUCAAUCACUCAGUGUGUGAUCAUGCAGUACACCAAGAUCACCUGUUACUGGGAAACAACCGACCACCACCUGAACAUCAGCAGCUACAGACUUCAGAUUAACAAGACCAUUUGUGAAAGCAAACACAACUUCAAGCAGGUGGGUUUCUGUGACACCAGAGGCUCUGACUGCUCCGUUCAGCCCAUCGAUUCAGCGUUACACUGUUUCCGUGCGGAUGUGCUGGCAUCCACGCUCACCGGAUCCAUACGCUCACCGCCAUACUUCUUCAGUGGUGUCAAAGCAGUGAGACUUCGUCCUCCACAGAUAACAAAUCUCAGGCCAUCAGUGAGAAGGUCCGGGUGUUUGCAGGUGAUCUGGAGAAUGGUUGAGAGCUUUUCCAAGAACGAAAAAGUCUACAUACUGCUCCAAUUGGAGUCUACACUACUGCUCCAAAUUGAGAGUACACAAAAUCUAGAUCCUCAUCUCAUGUCCAGGUUAUAUACAUAUACCCGCUCCCAGACGGUACAAGCGUUUCCUAAGGAGACGUUGGAGCUGUGUGACUUACACCCAGGAUCCAAGUACACCGUGAGACUGAGAGCUCAGGACAGUCGAGCGCAAUCUCACUGGAGCUCGUGGGCAUCUGUACACACAACCACAGCCGAGAAAGCUCCGUCUGCGGCUCCUCAGCUCUGGAGACUUAUCCAACCUGCAGAAGAAGCUGGAAGGAGAAAGCUCACACUGCUCUGGAAGCCUGUGCCCUGGCCUGAGGUCAAUGGUGUUGUGCUCAGUUACUCUGCGUCCUGCCGCGGUGAUCUGAAUUCAUCGCAGUGGACCUGCGGCUCCGUAAAUGCAUCCAGACGCUCCUGCGUCCUCACCAUCUCUGACGAUCCCUGUAACUGCAGCCUGACGGCGACGAACUCUGCCGGGACGUCACCUCCAGCUCACAUCUCCAUACCUGCACACACGCAUGCAGAAAAACUCCCGCCCUCUCAGGCUGUCAGUGUCACCCCAUUGGACGACACUCGAAUGAUGGUGGAAUGGACACCCGCGAAGAACCAAUCAGAGAGUGGCUUUGUGGUGCAGUGGUCUUCUGUGCCGUGCAGUGAACCAGCUGGUCUGCACUGGGAGAAAAUGGAUGCAAAUGCAAGAAGCUUUAUUGUCACAGGUCUUCUGCCAGAAGUCCCAUAUAAUCUGUCGGUCAUGAGUGUGUUUGGGCGACAGACAGGAAGUCACGCGUCAGUCAUUGCUUUCACACGGGAAGGAGCGCCCUCUGUCGGCCCAAAUAUGACAGUGCUGGAGACGAGCAGCAGCGGGGUUGUUCUGAAAUGGGACCCAGUUCCUUUAGAGAAACUCCACGGCUUCGUCCAGAACUACACCGUGGUGUACGGCAUGAACGGCAAAGGCAAAAGUGUGCGGGCAGAGGCUCAUGAUGAACAGAUAUCUCUCAGUGGACUGACGCAAGGAACCUAUAACAUCUGUGUAAUGGCUCAUACUGCAGCAGGCGGCGCCGCGGGGCCCUGUCAGAUGGUAGUCGUAGGGCUCGAGGAUGUGCGGGUGAUUCCCAUCCUGCUGUGCGCGCUUCUGCUGUGUUUUCUGAUUCUAAUCAUCCCGGUAUGCAUGAGAGUGAGGAUUAAACGGUGUCUGUGUCCGACUGUACCAGAUCCUUCAAAAAGCAGCCUGAUGAUCUGGUGUAGUACUAAACCGUGUCAGCACAACCUGCCAUCCUUGUCCAGCGUGAACUCUAUCAUCUCUGCGGGUCAAACCACAGCCCAUCAGGUUUACGGUGAGAAAGACUACACCCCCGUCCUUGUGUUGGCCCACGACACCGAAACCAAGACCUACAACAGCCCUUCUGCUGGAGCUCACCGGGACCCCAAACACAGACCAGCUCAAGCGUUCCUCAACCAGAGCUACACCGGCCCGGAUCAAGUCACUCUUGCUGUAUAUAAAGAAGACCCGCAGCUCUCCUCUGACCACCUCUUGUUUGAAUCGCUCUUCACCUACAAAAGGAAUCGAGCAGAUUUGUGCGAUUACAUCCACGUUUCGCAGAGCUACGUGCCGCUCAUUACCACGGCAGACACAUACAGGACUCUGGACCUCAGCGAGUGCUCGCAUUUCCUACAGGUUUUACCGGAGGACACCGGCAUGUAGUUUACUGCAUUGAAAUGCAUUAUGCACCAUCUCUGUGUGCUUUCCGAUUGACAGAUAUACACUCAGACGCUUGUAUAAUCUGUAAACUGUGUCCAGCGUAGACAGACGCAGUUCAAUAUAACAGUUGCACUGGAUUUACAGUAUUUUCACGAGCUGGUUCAAGCGAUUGCAUCCGAUUUGCCCGACACUUUAAAUGAAUUGCGAGCGUUUCCCAAGCAGCCUUUUUGUCUGGGAACCUCCUGUCAGGCCUCGUCUAGGUCAAGGACACCACACGAGGAGCGUUAGUGAGUCAUUUCCACAUGUGACACCUCUCAAGAGAGAGAAACCACUCUGGUGUAGAGUCAAAUGUGCGCAAACCACUGACACCAGUUGCCAGCUGAGCGGAAAAUAUGCGCCGGGCUGGAAAAAUGAACUUUUGUUGCAUGGAAACUUGGCCUGUUUUGUGAUCAAACGGUGCCAUUUCACUUGUGACAUAAUGUUGUUUUUCUCAUUUUUUUUAGUAGCAAAUGGUGAUCAAAAAAUACAAGCCACAUUAUGGUACUUUCAUAUUGUGAUAUUUGUUACAUAGCCGUGUUUUUAAUACAUCCUUCUGUUUCUGUCGACACAAUAAAAGACAAACAGACCGUACAGGACAACACGUUCCUCUGGAUCAUGGACACAGCUUGGAGUCACACAGACCUGUUUACCUUUUUUUGGUUUUUCAUUAGUCAUUAUAUCACUACUGUUUAAUGCCUCCUGCUUUCCGCUCUGUCCCGGUUUCCUCUGUUGGCCUUUUUGGAUAUCCGACGAAAUACGUUUUGUACAUCAGACAGAACUCAAUCCUAACUAAUCAGAUAUUGUGAACCUUUCUAGACCCGGUCUUUUUUUACGAGACCUUAUCAAACACAUACAUUUUUGUCUGGCCCUAUUCAGAAUACUCACGAGGGCGAACUAUUUUAAUCGGACGGGCCGGUCACCCGGAAAGCUGCGAAAAACAGCAUAACCCACCCCGACCGUUUCCUAAUGAAAAGAUUCGGGGGCGAUGCCAUUCCAAAGUAAUGUCAAAGGUUUAUUUUUGCGAGCCGUAUCUGAAGAUAAACCAGUUUCUGCGGAAAGGGAAAGGACAGCUCUGCAUCGGGAACAGUUUGUUGGGAACGCUGCGGCUUCAGGCCAGAGUUCACCACCGCUGGUCCAUCUUUCCUGCGACUGGAAUUCCCGAUAAAGUCCCUCUUUGUUUGGACAGAGACGGGCCAGGGCAAUGUCACACAUACAUCCGGCUCCAGAGAGUUGAUCUUUGGCGUCGGGAGUGCAGAUCGGCCGCGUGCCAUAUUUAUUGUGGAUGAAACGCUCUAUUGUUGACAGCAGAUGGAUAUUCACCGUUAGCACCGUACAGAACAUGCUCUUUGCAUUCCACCGUUCCGGCGGGAACUUAUCGGCCUGUGAAUAUGGUUUACAUGCUUUGCACGAUAUUUGUCGUUCCCGUAGCGAUGCUGAGAAACUCAGGCUCUGUACAGUAUGCAUAUAUUUUGAUAAAGCGCGUGUUAUUGUUAUUUGUUUAAUAAAGCGAUUGGUAAAGCA